AUGAUGACGUCCAUAUUUGGCUGCUCCAUCAUCUUUUCCCUACGCGCACUCAAUGAAGAAGCUCAAGAUUGGGUGAACACCUGGAACUUUCACAUACUGCAAAUUCGCGGUGAACCUAAUCGGUCACCAGCAGAUAUCUUCUUCUUCAAUCAAAUAGAGGAGGGAGUUUACGGUCUUCCACUGGCUGAUUUGGCUGACUACGGGGUGGACCACGGGGCUCUACGGAAUGAGGAAGUGAUGUCGAACUUCUUCGCUAACAACGAGCAGGAGCGUUUAGAAAUCCCAGAAAACAUGAACACUGUGAUCUGCGAGUCCCCAGAGUGUCCCUUACUUCCAGUGCAAGUGCUGACGCUGGACGAACAACUAGAAGCUGCUCAAAUGGACGCGCGCAGUGUGAUUAAUAUGGACGCUCGGAAAUUGAUAUGGCAGGAAGCUCUAGCGAUCAUCAGAGAGUUUCUGUAG